AUGCCCGAUGGCAGUACAUUCUGUCUCCACACGGAUGUUGCCGCUGCUCGCGAUACACUGGCGCGCAUACGGGUGAUGGAGUCAGAACUUGGGGUGCAUGUUGCGCUGGCUCACGAUGCUACCUGGAUGGAAGAAGGAAAGAACGCAGUGCUGCUGUCGCUGCUGGAUGAUAAAUUUCGUCAUGAUAUUCGCCAGUCGCUCACACGACAGCUGCCGUUCUAG